AUGUCAGAUGAAGAUGAAAUAUCAGGUAAUGGGUAUACUGUAAUAUCUUUAAUUUGUAAUCAAAAUGAUUCAAAGGUUUAUAGAGUUGCAGAUACACAGGAUUAUGAGAAAGAAUAUCUAUUAAGAUUAAUCAAACAGAAUAUUGAUCGAAUUGACAAACAAAAUAUUUUAGAUCAAUUUAUUACUGGUUCUAAUAAAUUAGGGUUGAUUUAUCCACUUCAUCACUCCUUUGAUGAAGAAGGUUCUGAUUACUUUAGUUAUUGUAACGAUGACGAGACAGCAUUUGGUUCUAAAAUUCAAGCUCAAUCUUUGGAAUUCGAUGAACACGAGAAAUUCAAUAAGUUAAACUAUAGAAAUAAAAACAGUAACUCACUUCCCAGAACUCCAGCUCCAUCAGAUUCGACACAUAACAAAGCAAUGCAAACCUCCAAACAAUUACAUAAGGAAAUGUCCUCUCAAAAACAUUUUGUUAGAACUCCAUUGCCUAAAGGUCACACAAGUGAGAACUAUUGUUGGAGCACUCAUGAGAAUAUGAUAAAAUCAAAGUCGACAAUAAGUUUUGGAUCUGACAGAAGUACAGAAAGAGAGGAAUACUUAUUGGGCAGUGAAGAAGAAGAAGACGAUGAUGAAGACGACUUCUAUGAUGGAGAUGAAUAUGAGGAUGAAGAUGAGGAUGAGGAUGAGGAUGAGGAUGAUGAAGAGGAAGAGGAAGAGGAAGAGGAAGAGGAAGAGGAAGAAGAAGAUGAUGAGGAAGACUAUAAUAUUGCAAAUGAAUUACAGUUGCCAACUGGAAAAAUUGCAGGUCAAUUACCAUUAGUAACAACUCAUUCAUCCGAUUACCAAAACAACACUUCCAAUAAUUCAAUGCCUGAUGAUAGAUGUCCAUUGAUUCCAAUCUUAAAACAUGGUGUUCCUGAAAAUAUAAAUAAUAGAGAUCAAUUAGAUCAAGAUGCAUUUUCAGAAGGAAAACUUGUCAAUGAUUUCAAUCAUAUAAAUAUCGAAAGUCCUCAUAUUAAGAUUCAGCAUAAAAAUUCAUUCAAAAAUAUUACAAGGACACCAAUACCACAAGGCAUCAAUGUAUGUGGAAAUAUGGAUUACAUUAUCCCAUCAGAUCUCCAGAACGACAAAGAUGUCGGUUGUUGUGAUCUUCAACUAAAAAUGGUAAAAAGUUCAGUAUUACAAAGAAGACUCUCAAAAAAUACUUCCCUAUAG